GUGUGUGUGUGUGUGUGUGUGUGUGUGUCACGCCUCCCUCACCUUGACGACCGCAUACUCACCCAUCAGGCAUGAGGCAGCGGCCUCUUUUGGAAACACCCGGCAUCCUCGCCUAACCUGCCCGGUGGCUCUGGCCCCGCCCCCUCCUGCUCUCAGGUGAGUGGGACGUCAUGCCCUCACCUGGGACGCAAUCACUCCUCCUCUCCCUCUCUCUCCCUGGAGGACUCUCUCUCUGUGUCCUACUUCUGUGGCAAAAGCCAUUUUAAUAACUUUAACGCAGAAGUUCUGUAGCUACUCUUCCUUCCCCCCCCCAACCCGCGGAUCCUCUUGCUACGUAACCUCAGAGGCUCCCCCUCUUUCGACCCCCCCCCAGGAGACAUGAGCGGCAAGCUCUGGGCGGAGGAGCAGUUCAACUGCCCCGUGUGCCUGGACCUGCCCAGCGAGCCGGCCACCAUCCCGUGCGGCCACAGCUACUGCAUGGGCUGCAUCAAGGACUACUGGAGCGAGGCCGACGCCACGGGCACCUACAGCUGCCCGCAGUGCCGGCAGGCCUUCAGCCCCAAGCCCCACCUCUCCCGCAACACCAUGCUGGCCGAGGCCGUGGAGCAGCUACGCACGGGCGCCGCGCUCGGAGCGGAGCAGCGGGCGUCCAUCCGCAGCACGCGCGGCGCCGGCCAGGCCAAGGGAGGCCGGCAGCGGCAGCGGCCGUCGUCGUCGGCCGUGCCGUGCGACAUGUGCACCGGGCAGAAGCAGCGCGCGGCGGUGAAGAGCACAAGGGCCACGAGUGUGUGUCGACCAAGGCUGAGCGCGUGGAGAAGCAGGUACGCAGCCACUGGGAGGGGAGGGUUAUGUUGUGGGGGGAGCAGGGGUUUGAAGGGAUGGAACGCAAGGCAGGGUAACUUUAUCUAUGGAGCGCUCUUCAUACACGAGGCAGACUCAAAGUGCUUUGCAUUGAAACCUAGUCAUUCAAUAAAAUAAAAUAAUAAAAUAGAUAAGUAAAAGAAAACAAAGACAAAUAUAAAAAGAAGGAGCAAUGUGUUUAAGAUUUAGCAGAAUGCAAACUUACAAUAAAGAAGACGUAAGUCCUGCAAUUGUUGGGGGGUUUGGCAUGGUCGGAAGAUUUUGUUUGUAAGAUGUAUGACUGUUUUUUUCUACUUGUGACUUCAAUGUCUGUCGUUGCUGUGUCUUAUUUAUUUAUGAUAUUCUUUUUGUGCUUCUGGUAAAAGUAGGCUACAGCCCCACUGUUCCUGGUCAGUAGAGUAUUUCCUGUUCCUACCCUUCCUUGUUUUGUUUAAAGAAUAAGGAACAGACGGUGCAAUGUCAAAAGGGCCGAACCGGUUUAUUGAGACUGUGAUUAUUAUGAACCUUUAUAAACUCCGGUGUGUGUUCAACGAUAACCCUGAAGGAAAGGCUGCAAACUCCAUGAGUGUUUUAUCCUAGCGUUAUCGAUCACAAAAGGUUGUUGUUCAUGUGUAAUAGACAAACACACACACACACACACACACACACACACACACACACACACACACACA